AUGGCUCAACCAUCAGGCUGUUUAGCCUUGUUACUAUCGCUACUGCUUCUCAUAAGGUGUACAAUAUCUUGUGCUGCGACUUCUAGCUCUUCUAAUCGUAAGUUUUUGUGAUAUUUUAUGGUUUCUCAUCGUAAUUUAGGUGUUAUAUUACCUAAAUUUUACAGUUUUUGCAUUUUCAAACUUUUAAUAGCAUGGAUUUUGAAUAAAAAAUGCCAAAAUUUUCAAAAUAUGUGUCACUCUUUACAAUAUCAUUGUCAAAAAUUAAAAAUUUUUUUCAAAAUACUUUGAUAAAAGAAGAAACUUUUUUUUACAAAAUAAGCUCUAUGCUAUCUUACAGUGAAAUUUAGAAUUACAUUGUUAAUACAUUUAAUCCUGCGCCCUUCUCAAAGAAAAUUUGCGUAGGGCACAGAAUUUUUUGAACAACCUAAUAUUACUGAUAAAAAACUUUUAGCGUGUGGUACCUGUCCCAGUCUCCAAGUAAUCACAGACAAUAACAGUCUGGACCACUCGGUCGACUUACAAAUGGGUACCAAUUCAGCUGGGUGCGCAACAUUAGUGGUGACUUGUACUGGAGAUUCCAGCAGUUCUGAAGUCAUCUUAUUGGUGAGUUGUUGAUGCCCACGUUAAGUAAAUCUUCGUAUUUUACAUUUUUAUAUUAUUUUAGGUCUUGGGACAUUUAAAGUUGAUGUUUAUGACAAAUUUAAAAUUUUUCAAUUUUUUUAAAUAAAAAAAAUUAAUUUUAAUCAAAUCCAACCACUGGACAUCGUAUUUUACUAAAAAUUCCAAAUCACACUUAAAAUGCCACUUUCAGUGGACAGAAAACGGCUCGGACCGUGGCUCCUCCACCGACAGCAACGACAACUCGGUGACCCGCACCCUGGUCUGCGACUCCAACAUGCAAUGGGAACUGACCGACAACGAUUACACUGGAGUGGUGACGGCGGUAGAAUGCUUGGCUACUUGA